AUGGGGUGUGCUACGUCUGCUUGUGCUGUUGGGGAAAGUAAGAACAAGAGGAGUAUCAUUCAAGAAUCAGUAGUGUUUGUUCUACAGCUCCGUGUUCCUGUUCAGACUGAUCUUCAGCGCCAACUCAAAGGCGUUGCCUCCAAGACCACCAUCGACCGAUUGGCAUGUCUGAGGAAUCAGAUUCAGUUGGUAGCUGAGGACUCAGGUGGUUCUGCCAUCUCUGAGCUACGUGCAGCUUUGGAGGAGUACUUGUCUCUUCUCACCGGGCUUAUCAAGAAAAAGGAUGAUGGGAUGGAGGGAUGCGUAGAGUUCAAAUGGAAACCCCUUGGAGAUGGUGGAAGAGCAGAGUUAUGUUUCACAAACCUUUGGAUGGAGAUGCUGACAGUGAUACACAUGAUGGCUGCUUUGGCAAUGGCUGAAGCUAACUCUCUCAUGAUUCCAAAGGAUCGUUCUGGUUCUGGCCAUGGCGUCCGUGUGGUCUCCAGUGGUUGCAAGAGAGAUGCGGUUGACUUGCUUCUCAAGGCAUCUGGAUACUUGGAGUUGUGCACCCGAGAGAUUCUGCCUCGCAUUGCUCCUGAUAUAAAGAGUAAAUUGCCAGAUGAUAUGCAGGAAAGUGUUUUGCAAACUCUCUCUAUCCAAGCACUUGGCCAGGGAACUGAGAUUCAACUUGGGUUGGCAGUUAAUAGCAAGAAGGCUACACUGUCUGUGAAGAGGAGACUUGCCUGUGAGCAAGUCAUCUAUUUCUCUCAGGCAUAUCAAUGCUUGUCUGGUUGUGCCAUCGUUAGCCAUGGGUGCGCCAAAAAGCUUCUCCUCUUCAUCUUCUGGAAGUUUCUGGAAGCAAGGGCUGCGGCAUACUACUACCAUGGACUGGUAACAGAGAAGGGAAGUGAGCCAGCUUGCCACGCGAGUGCAGUGUGUUGUUUCCUUGCAGCUUCAGAGAUCCUAGGAGAAAGCAAGAAGGCCUGUCUUAGCUUCUGUUUGUCUCCUCCUGUAACCAGGGCUCCUCCUAUGUGGGGAGUUAUGAAGCAUUUGAGCCAGAAGAUUCCAGAAAUUGCUUUUAAAAAGUCUCAAAUGUAUGGAUACUUGCUUAAAGAAGAAGAAAAGGUAAUGCAAAGUUUGCCAGAGCUACCAAACUUUCAGUUGUCACUGAUACCAGAGGAGUUUGAACUGCCUGAAAUGGAAGCCGGCUCUUUUGCCAGAAAACCAGACCCAUUUGCUUACUGA